AUGGUGCUUGCAGGUACAAGAUUAGGUGGACAGGUAGCCCUGUUGGGCUCAACUGAGCGGGAGAAGCUGCAGGGAACCAUUAUGUGGGAAAAUUACCCAAAAGAUGGAUCACCAAAUCUGACUGGAAAAAACGUCGGGUUGCUCAAAAGAAUCCAGAAGAGGGUGAAGGAGGACAACCCUGAGCAGGAGGUAAUUUUCUUACACUGCCUAAUCCACCAGGAAGCACUGUGUAAAUCCGUAUUGCAGCUUGACUACGUAGUGAAGCCAGUUGUAAAACUCGUUAACUUUAUUCGAGCGAGGGGACUUCAGCAUCGUCAGUUUAUUAAGUUUCUUGAAGAAAUUGACGCUGAUCACCAGGACAUGCUUUACCACUCCAAUGUCCGCUGGUUAAGUUUGGGGAAAGUAUGUCGACAAGGGUGGGAGCUCAAACAGGAGACUAUCUCAUUUUUGGAGCUACUUGAGAAAGCUGACGAUUGGCUUUGUGAUUUAGCUUUUGCUGUGGACAUACUGACACACAUGAAUGAGCUGAAUGUGAAGCUACAAGGGAAAGACCAGUUUGUGUAUGAAAUGUACACAAACGUCAGAGCCUUCAAAACCAAGCUAGCUUUAUUCUCAAAGCAAAUGUCAAACAACUCAUUCGUUCAUUUCCCACUACUGGCUACGCUGAAAGAGCCCCCUCGACUUGCGAAAAAAUACAGGAAAUCACUGGACAACCUGCAUGGAGAAUUCUGCCCUCGGUUCUCUGAUUUGGAAAAAUUUACAAGUCACUUCAGCUGGUGUCAUGUCCCUUUACACAAGACCCUGAAACGGCACCACAGGAGUUGCAGUUGGAACUGA